AUCUUCGAAUGUUAUUUUUACCAGUGACGUCAGGAAGUCUACAUUCCAUAAGAUGACGUCAUUUUCACAAAACAUUUUAAUUCAUUGUAAACAUUACUGGUGUCUAAGUGCGUGUCACAUUGGAAUAAAGACUGCAUUAAAAUUACAUUUAAGGAAGAAUCAGAGUAGAAGAAAGCACCAUGGCGUGUUCGAGAACAACGGCAGGGAAUGUGUUCGUGUUCGUAGGAGCGUUGUUCCACGCCACAGCCAUGUUCACACCCUGGUGGAUUAUCACCCCGGUCGUUUACUACGGGUUGUGGCAAUUCUGUAGUAGACUGACUGAGAGUGUCAGCUGUCAGUCUAUAUCCUUAGAUCUUUCUGCUGAUAUAGUAACAGACUCGAUGAAGGCGUCUCAAGCUAUGGCGAGUUUGGGAUUGAUCAUGACCGGCCUGGCAGUCCUCUUUACUAUUCUAAACGUGUGUCGAUCGAUGAAACUAAAGGUGGCGGGUGGCUGUAGCAUUUGUGCAGGUAUUCUUGUCUUAAUCGGUGUCGCCAUUUUCGGUGUCAGUAGGAACUCACUCGGAUUGUCUUCCGCGUUGAGUUAUGCGUUUGGUUUGGAGGCAGCCGCUGGACUUGUCUUGUGCAUAGCCGGUGGUAUGCAGGUCUCCUGACUGUACUAAGAGUGGCUACUUGUGUCAGUUUGACUGUUUUGAUAAUAGCGCGAUCGUUAAAAUAGUGUUGUGAUAGUAUUGCAAUUACUCAGGCCAUAAUGUAGGAUUUUAAAAAGAAGUAACUUCUCCCUUCCCAGAAGAAAGGAGAGAAGUUGGAAACAUGUGUGGAUUUCGGCAAAGAAAACGUUCGUUUCGUCGGCAAGAUUAGGGCAGGAUUAGUGAAGGUACUGUUACAAUAGUAUUGGAAUUCGUUUCUAAUCAACAGACUAUAACUUUGAAUACAACUUUCUUUUUAAUGUUUACUGUUUACGCUUGUCUGUCAAUACAUAUGUGUACAUUUUAUUACUAAGAACAUACCCUUAGCUAUUGGAAAUACGUUAUGAUUAAACAUUCUUUAAUUC